UCAUUUAUCCACCGAAACCCUCAACACACAUAAAUUAAACCAAAAUUCUCUCACAUCCAAAAUUCUCUCAAUCCAAAGAAAUUAAAAAAAGAUGGCGAGCCUCUCCAGCACAAUGUUCAGCACCGCCAUGCUCCCCCGCAAGCCGGCCGCGGCGGCGGUGGUCUCCCUCCCCAGUUUCAAGCAGGCGGCGCUCUUCGGCCUGAAGUCCGCACCCUCCCGCCUCACCUGUAUGGCGACGUACAACGUGACGCUCAUCACCCCCGAGGGUGAGGUCGUGUUCCCCUGCGACGACGACGUUUACAUCCUAGACCAGGCGGAGGAGGCCGGUUACGAUCUGCCGUACUCUUGCCGCGCCGGAUCCUGCUCCUCGUGCGCCGGAAAGGUGGUCAAGGGCGCCGUUGACCAGUCCGACGGAAGCUUCCUGGAAGACGAACAGAUGGAGGAGGGGUGGGUGCUCACCUGCGUCGCCUACCCUACCGGCGACGUCGUCAUCGAGACCCACAAGGAGGAGGAGCUCACUGCCUAAUUACUUUCUCUCUCUUCAACUUUUUUAAUAAUGCUUUUUUUGAGUGUUUUAUUUUCUCUCUCUACUAUAAUUUGUUAUUGGAACAAACAAUUUAUAUUUCUAAUAUUUAUUAUGGUUAUGUUGGAUGAAUUGAAUUGACCGGCAUAAGUUUCUUAUUUUUUUUUUUA